GCUUUCAGGUUGUAUAUUAAGUACAGUUUUGUGUAGAAGGCGCAGUUGCCUCAACGCAUGACAACAUGUCGCCCGUAUCAACUGUUUGUGUGUUCGUCCUCCUGGCAAACAUCCUUACCACCACGCAUGCUCAGGCACACCCUGAAGUUGUGAUCCUGUUGACCGAACGCCACACACUUCUCGCCCAAGGAUUUGUUCACAGAUGGGAUCUCUAUGGCCACAGGCUGAGGCAGCAUCCUCUUACUUAUAUCACCACCCCUACAGCCAUUGACUAUGACAAUGUCACCAGGCGAAUCUACUGGACGGAUAUAAGCAGAAAGGAAAUCCGGAGUGCUGAACUAACUGGUGGAGACAAUACUCUUGUUGCAAAACUAAACAACAUUUCUUACCCGGAAGGCCUCACUGUUGAUGGCAGUGCCGGCAAAAUCUUCUACACAGACAGAGGAAAUAAAGUCAUUGUUAGCAUCAAUAUCAAUGGAUUUGCAAGGACAACGAUUGUAAGUUCAAAUAUAAACUACCCCCAAGGCAUCGUAGCAGACAAAUCCGACAGGAAACUGUACUGGGUUGAUCAUUUGACUCACACAAUUAAUUCUUGCAACUACGAUGGAGGUGGAAGAGGUACUCUCGUAUCAACGGACAUUUACGCACCUAUGGGGAUUACUAUGAACGAGAACACCGGAUGUCUCUAUUGGUGCGAAUACAACGGGAACGUGUACUCCAUCCAGAAGGAUGGCACCAACAGGAAAACACACUACACGGACAUUGUGACCAAGCCUCACUUCAUGGACAUAGCGGUCUUCAAUGGCUUUCUGUACAUUGUUGACAGAACUAACAGGAGCAUUCUAGUGAUCCCCGAAAACGACAAGGCUACACAUACAGCAAUACUUUUCUCAGGAUCAUUCAAAACAAUAACAGGGAUCCACGUCUUUUCUCCAAAUUCAAUGGAAACAGGGUGUGCUGACGGACGAUACGGUGCUGGGUGUACUAGUGUGUGUGGCCAAUGUGCCGGUGGCGUGUUUCUGUGCGAGAAGACCACGGGGAACUGCUUGGGUGGGUGCGUUGCAGGGUACAAGGGAAACUUCUGCACUCAAGCGUGUCUUGGAACAUACGGCAAGGGAUGCUCUUCCCCGUGCGGACAUUGUCAAACAGGGACAACAUGUCACCACGAGACUGGGCAGUGUCCAAGCGGUUGCCAAUCAGGUUGGACGGGCAACAUGUGUCAGGAAAAAGGUCACCCUGAAGUUGUGAUCCUGUUGACUGAACGCCACACACUUCUCGCCCAAGGAUUUGUUCACAGAUGGGAUCUCUAUGGCGGCAGGCUGAGGCAGCAUCCUCUUACUUAUAUCACCACCCCUACAGCCAUUGACUAUGACAAUGUCACCAGGCGAAUCUACUGGACGGAUAUAAGCAGAAAGGAAAUCCGGAGUGUUGAACUAACUGGUGGAGACGAUUCUCUUGUUGCAAAACUGAACAACAUUGCUUACCCUGAAGGCCUCACUGUUGAUGGCAGUGCCGGCAAAAUCUUCUACACAGACAGAGGAAAUAAAGUCAUUGUUAGCAUCAAUAUCAAUGGAUUUGCAAGGACAACGAUUGUAAGUUCAAAUAUCAGCUACCCCCAAGGCAUUGUAGCAGACAAAUCCGACAGGAAACUGUACUGGGUUGAUCAUUUGACUCACACAAUUAAUUCUUGCAACUACGAUGGAGGUGGAAGAGGUACUCUCGUAUCAACGGACAUUUACGCACCUAUGGGGAUUACUAUGAACGAGAACACCGGACGUCUCUAUUGGUGCGAAUACAACGGGAACGUGUACUCCAUCCAGCAGGAUGGCACCAACAGGAAAACACACUACACGGACAUUGUGACCAAGCCUCACUUCAUGGACAUAGCAGUCUUCAAUGGCUUUCUGUACAUUGUUGACAGAACUAACAGGAGCAUUCUAGUGAUCCCCGAAAACGACAAAGCUACACAUACAGCAACACUUUCCUCAGGAUCAUUCAAAACAAUAACAGGGAUCCACGUCUUUUCUACAAAUUCAAUGGAAACAGGGUGUGCUGACGGACGAUACGGCGCUGGGUGUACUAGUGUGUGUGGCCGAUGUGCCGGUGGCGUGUUUCUGUGCGAGAAGACCACGGGGUCCUGCCUGGGUGGGUGUGUUGCAGGGUACAAGGGAAACUUCUGCACUCAAGCGUGUCUUGGAACAUACGGCAAGGGAUGCUCUUCGCCGUGCGGACAUUGUCAAACAGGGACCACAUGUCACCACGAGACUGGACAGUGUCCAAGCGGUUGCCAAUCAGGUUGGACGGGCAACAUGUGUCAGGAAAAAGUGUGUCGUGGAACAUACGGCAAGGAAUGCUCUUUGCCGUGCGGACAUUGUCAAACAGGGACCACAUGUCACCAAGAGACUGGACAGUGUCCAAGCGGUUGCCAAUCAGGUUGGACGGGCAACAUGUGUCAGGAAAAAGUGUGUCGUGGAACAUACGGCAAGGAAUGCUCUUUGCCGUGCGGACAUUGUCAAACAGGGACCACAUGUCACCAAGAGACUGGACAGUGUCCAAGCGGUUGCCAAUCAGGUUGGACGGGCAACAUGUGUCAGGAAAAAGUGUGUCGUGGAACAUACGGCAAGGAAUGCUCUUUGCCGUGCGGACAUUGUCAAACAGGGACCACAUGUCACCAAGAGACUGGACAGUGUCCAAGCGGUUGCCAAUCAGGUUGGACGGGCAACAUGUGUCAGGAAAAAGUGUGUCGUGGAACAUACGGCAAGGAAUGCUCUUUGCCGUGCGGACAUUGUCAAACAGGGACCACAUGUCACCAAGAGACUGGACAGUGUCCAAGCGGUUGCCAAUCAGGUUGGACGGGCAACAUGUGUCAGGAAAAAGUGUGUCGUGGAACAUACGGCAAGGAAUGCUCUUUGCCGUGCGGACAUUGUCAAACAGGGACCACAUGUCACCAAGAGACUGGACAGUGUCCAAGCGGUUGCCAAUCAGGUUGGACGGGCAACAUGUGUCAGGAAAAAGUGUGUCGUGGAACAUACGGCAAGGAAUGCUCUUUGCCGUGCGGACAUUGUCAAACAGGGACCACAUGUCACCAAGAGACUGGACAGUGUCCAAGCGGUUGCAAAUCAGGUUGGACGGGCAACAUGUGUCAGGAAAAAGUGUGUCGUGGAACAUACGGCAAGGAAUGCUCUUUGCCGUGCGGACAUUGUCAAACAGGGACCACAUGUCACCAAGAGACUGGACAGUGUCCAAGCGGUUGCCAAUCAGGUUGGACGGGCAACAUGUGUCAGGAAAAAGUGUGUCGUGGAACAUACGGCAAGGAAUGCUCUUUGCCGUGCGGACAUUGUCAAACAGGGACCACAUGUCACCAAGAGACUGGACAGUGUCCAAGCGGUUGCCAAUCAGGUUGGACGGGCAACAUGUGUCAGGAAAAAGUGUGUCGUGGAACAUACGGCAAGGAAUGCUCUUUGCCGUGCGGACAUUGUCAAACAGGGACCACAUGUCACCAAGAGACUGGACAGUGUCCAAGCGGUUGCCAAUCAGGUUGGACGGGCAACAUGUGUCAGGAAAAAGUGUGUCGUGGAACAUACGGCAAGGAAUGCUCUUUGCCGUGCGGACAUUGUCAAACAGGGACCACAUGUCACCAAGAGACUGGACAGUGUCCAAGCGGUUGCCAAUCAGGUUGGACGGGCAACAUGUGUCAGGAAAAAGUGUGUCGUGGAACAUACGGCAAGGAAUGCUCUUUGCCGUGCGGACAUUGUCAAACAGGGACCACAUGUCACCAAGAGACUGGACAGUGUCCAAGCGGUUGCCAAUCAGGUUGGACGGGCAACAUGUGUCAGGAAAAAGUGUGUCGUGGAACAUACGGCAAGGAAUGCUCUUUGCCGUGCGGACAUUGUCAAACAGGGACCACAUGUCACCAAGAGACUGGACAGUGUCCAAGCGGUUGCCAAUCAGGUUGGACGGGCAACAUGUGUCAGGAAAAAGACUGCAGGAAGGGACUCUAUGGAAGUAAUUGCCAGCACAGGUGUGGACACUGUAAGUCUAAUCAGCCAUGUGACUCCACUACGGGUGUGUGUCAUGGUGGAUGCAGUGUCGGGUGGAGAGGGUCCACAUGCGAGCUGGAAUGCCCUCAAGGCACCUAUGGGGAAGGGUGUAGCAGGCAGUGUGGCUUCUGUGGAAGAGGAGACGUGUGUGACGCUGCGACCGGCGUGUGUCCAAAUGGAUGCCAGCCACAAUGGAGCGGCAAUGAAUGCCAGAAUCAGUUCCUUGUAAAGGACUCGGCAUGCAGUUUCAAGCCAGGAUCUGUGGGUACAUAUGCUUUCAUCGUCGUUGCUGUGUCCAGGAUCUUCUAGCAGUCUUGGAUGAAGUUCUACAUAUGUCCUACAUCGGUUUCUUAUUGUAUUGUUUCAAGCUUACUUUGCUUAUAAUCUGCUUUUAUGAUCGAUGAGUGACUCACACAGUAGUUUCCAGCCGCCUUCAACAAUUACCCAGAAUCAUCACAAUGGCGUACUCCAGAAAGGGCUUCAUACUUUGUAUCCACAUUGUUAUUGUUAUAAUCCAUGUUGUUAUUAAAUGUCCAUUUUACGUAUAAAAAUUAAAUAUGUAUAUGCCUCCAGCACUCACACCAUAACCAAAUAUAUUCGUUAACCAUAGUUUGAAAAAUAUGACAGAUUUCAUACACAGACAUAUGUCAAUACCAUACUACGUUUAGCUUUGAUUCUACUAAAUUGUUUGUUCUUAUAUGCUUUGUUUGUCGGCCAAACUAUGUAUUCAACUUUGCACUGAAUAAAGAAAUAUAGUAAAAGCA